AUGUCGAACUGUGAUCUCUGCCGCUUGGUCCUCAAGCAAGUAGAACGAUGCCAAGAACCCUCACCUGUGAAUGUUCACGGUGUGCCAUUGUGUGAGUUUUGGAUUAUGAAGCGAGAGAAGGGAGGAGAUGGAUUUUGGGUUAUGAGUUUGACGGAUGAGAUGAACGAAGUAGCGGUGGUGGCGGCAAUUGGAUUUUGUGUGAGAGACGGUGACCCGCUAGAGUCGACCAUCCGCGGCCGACCAGUCGAGCAACACGGAGGGACUUUGACCGCAAUGUCAAGAGUCCAGCAGUGGGUAAUCGAGUGCGACGAGCACCCUAGUUGCAGUCCUGGCGAGACACAGUUGCCAUCUCGCGUAAUCGACGUGGGUGUCAGCAACAACAGUCCUCAUGGUCUUUUUGGCGAGAGACCGGCCAGGGAAUAUGUCGAGCUUGAGCAUACAUCCGAUAACCUACGAGGGCAAGCUUUGGCAUUUGCGCUCCCCCUUGAUGAAGAAGUUAACUGUCCCGACUAUAUAUUCAUGCGGAAAGAGCCACUCUCGGAUCGUGCCUGGUGUUUACAGGAACGUGUGGGCUCCAGCCGGACAGUGUUGUAUGGCUCCACACAAUUGUUUUUCGAGUGUAACGAAGGGUUCCAAGGGGAAGAUGGUCUGUUCCUUAAAGAUCGGUUCGAAAGUGUCAAGAUCUUAGAACAAAGGUCCGAAGAAACGGAACAAUACAGACUUGAAGAUGGGGUUAAUAGCGGAAGAGUUUCAAGCAAAAAGUUAGACAUCCUCCGAUCAUGGCAAAAGCUUGUCGCAUUAUAUGGGGAGCGAAAGCUCACAUAUGCCUCGGAUAAGCUCCCAGCUAUCUCUGGCCUUGCCACCGUUUUUGCAAGAUUGCUUGAUGAUGAGUAUGUGGCUGGUCUUUGGCGUUCACACCUUAUCGAAGGACUUCUAUGGGAAGGCUUUCCACGCAGAGUUCAAGAGUACAGGUCGCCUUCCUGGUCGUGGGCAUCGACGGAUGGAAGAACUGGUCUCUUCCUCACCCAAGACCACUAUACGGAUCACAGGAUCUUAGCCAAGGUGCUCAAUAUCAGCGUGGACCUGAAGGGUGCAAAUCCUUACGGCGAGGUUACCAACGCAAGCAUCGAAAUGCGAGCGCCCAUGGAACGCCUCUAUAUUGAAACUGAAGGCUGGGAUCCUCAUAUGGAGUACCUCUUUCGUAUGGAGCCAAAAGUCAAGACAGCAAACGGGACAUUUAAGGGUACCCGCGCCACGUUUGAUUUUGAUUGGAGUGCAGAAGAUGGUCCACAGGAAGUGCUAAGGAUUGUGAAGAGUUUAGAGGGAGUGGAUACUUUUGCCUUGAUUCUUGCAAAAGCUACAAUGAAAGACGGUGGUAAGGAUUAUUAUGGGGGUUUAAUUGUUGCAAAAGUAAACAGUGGAGAGAACUAUCAAAGGCUAGGAACUAUUUCCUUCAAGAAUGAGGCACUCGGAAAAAAGCCUGAGGAAAGGCCAGAAGGGGAGUUUCGUACAAUUGUACUUAUCUAA